AAAAAAAGAGACGGUACUUUCCAAACAAUAUAAAAGAGAAAUAAUAAUAACAAAAAGAUAAAAAAAAACAAUAAGGAGCCAACAAACAAAAAUUCGUCAGCGAUGAAUGUCUAUGAAAAGAUUUUUUACAAAAACCGUGUUCGAUGAAAAACUUUUUUUCUGGACUCUGAAUCCAAAAAUACAAGAGAAGGCCUCUUUAGAUUCGGAUUGGCUUGAAAGGAAUGAUGGAAUAUGGAUAUUUGCCCAAUAUUGCAGGGCGAGGUGUUUGGGAAAGACAAGCCAUAGUGAGCAAUAAAAAAAUUAUAUGCAGCGCCCCAAGCACACGAUUUUGACGGGUUCGCUAAAUUAAUAAACUAUUCAUAAACGAAGGAGAGUUACCACUACUCCACAAAACGCUAAAAAAAAUUUCGUUUUCCAAUUGUUUGAUGGAACAUAGAGCGAAAUGUUUUAAGAAAAGAUGAGAGAAAGAGUAGUGACCGGUACUUGAGAAUUACGGUCUUUAGAUAUAGAAAAUUAUUAUAUCUAGUUCCGAUCGUUCUUUUAGAAGAAUAGCGAUGUUCAGGUUGAAAAUAAGAAUGAAAUACAAUGCUCAAACAGGUAGCAAUUGGAAGAAGGGUCCACAUGAAAGAAAAUUAUCUUCACCUAGGAAAACUUAGAACCACAGUUUCUCCAAUUCAAACACAGUUGACCGAUUCUGCCUCGAUUAACAAAUAAUGAUGGUAGUGAUCAUUCAAUGAGCAAAUGAAUAUACAAUCUUUGAUUAUCAAUUUUGGUGUUCUUUCGUUGCAAAAUCGCUCGCUCUAUAUAUAUAUAUUUUCACAGGCUGGCUAUCCUAUCUAAACUAACGUUUCUAUUCCUCCAAAUUGAUUAUCGUAGCUUGAUUUGUAGUAUCGAUGCAUUGAAGCUAUGGUGCCUUGGGAACAGGAUUAGGAAAAGAUGCUUCUUUCGUACAUUCUUUGUUUGUUUGUUUUGUUGUUAUAUUCAUUAAUAUUUCUAUAUUUACGCUAUAGACGAAAUGGAAUCUUAUACUACCGAUUAGACGGUUUUUUUACAAUUUCGUAGCUUUCCUACCCAUUAAAAUGGAUGCUUUUCCUGCAGUGGAAAAGUCUGUUUUUGAAUUAGAAAGCAAUUGUUUCUUUCUGCCGUUUUAAAUCUGUUUUUGAUGUGGGGUUUUUUUUCUUUUUUUCUUUUCUCUGUUGUUCUUAAGACUUCAGUCAACGCUAAAAACUCGCUCUCUACUUCUAGAGUCAAACCUAAGCUAAGUUAAGCUUGUUUUGUUCCUUGUGUUCACAACUUGAGUUCCACCACAAACAUUGCAGUAUGGCAAAGCCUUUCAAAAUCCAGUAUCUUAAGUUAUACAAUGUUUUAUCGUGCUUUUUAUGGUUAAGUGUCUUGAUUAGAGCUGGUUUGCUUUGGCAACUUUCCGGCGACCAGCGUGUCGUCUUUAAUGAAACCAAUGUCUUGGUUCGCUGGGUUCAGACAUUGGCUUUGGCAGAAAUCUUCCAUAGUAUCUUUGGAUUCGUAAAGUCAUCUCCCUUCACGACUGCUAUGCAAGUAAUUUCUCGUCUUAUACUCGUUUGGGGAGUAUGCUAUCUUUUUCCGCAUAUUAUCAACAAAUCUUCCAUCUAUCUUUUUAUGAUUUUAGCUUGGUCGAUUACUGAGGUUGUCCGUUAUGCAUUUUACGCUUGUAACUUGACCGGUGCCGUCCCUAAAUUCCUUAUAUGGCUUCGUUACAAUACCUUUAUCGUUCUCUACCCUAUUGGCGCUGGAAGUGAGUUCUUACUUGUCCUCAAAACUUUUCGCACUGCCUGGAACGCCUUCUUCUUAAGUAAAAUUGUGUGGACCGCUGCAACAGUAAUCUAUCCAUUCGGAUUCUAUAUGUUGUACACGCACAUGAUGUCUCAACGUCGUAAAGUUCUUAAACUUACAAAGAAGGGUGGUAAGGCUUAAUACGAAUGCAAUGCUUCACUACAUGAUUUUCAAUCAACCAACUUGUAUCGGUUGCUUAAAAGUACCUAUAUCCUCACUCUUUUCGUCAUUGACUUUGAUUUUUUAAGGGUUAUACAAUCCAUGAGAUACCAAUUCUCAUGAAGCUUGUGCAAGAAGACGUUUCUAAAUCAAUCGAAGGCUCAACGGCCAGAAAUGCAACUGCUAAUAGGGAUCAAUAUUGCAAUGUCUUCUUAACCUUUAAUUAAAUUAAUUUAUUCAGUAAACAACAGAAACCUCAGUUGUAUCGUAUUCAAAAAGGCAUUGUAUGAAACUUAAUCGCACAG